AUGUUGGGAGAGAGAGAAGAGAGUCCAGACUUCUCAUGGCCGUUCAAGGGAAUGAGAAGGAGUUUCAAUUGCAAAGGUGGUGAAGAGAUGGAUAGGAAUCACUUUGACAUUGGUUCGGAGGAGGUGAUGGAUCAUGCUAGUAGUAGGAACAAUAAAGAUCAUAAGAAGCAAGCACCUAGCCUCAAGAGGGUAUCCUUCGCGACGCCUAUUGCUCAGGUCAUGGGGGAACAUGCACCUACUAUUGCUGAUGAUGGGCGUCUCAUCCUGCCAGUUGUGAUCCCAUGCAUGUUGUUCGAAUCUCACCUCUACACAACUGUGCAAACUACCCAACAUCCUACUCCGUUGCCUUCGUACCUUAAUGCAAGCUCAUGGUUAAUGGAGAUGCCAAUACCAUCUUAUAAAGAUUGGGAACCACCAACAGAGGCGUCGACAAAAAUCCUAGAAGGUGGUACGACAACACUAGUGGGUGAAGAUGAGGAAGCAAUGCACCCAACAUGUUCUGCAGUGGAACCAGUGUGCAACUUAAGGGAGGCUGUGGAUGUUGCUGAUGGCAAGGCAUCAUCGCUUGGGGCUAGUUUGGGAGGCUUACCACCUCUAGAGACUGGAAUACCGAAGCUUGUUGUGGACCUAGGACACACUGAUCUACAUGAUAAUGGUUGGAAAUCUAUCAAUGAUCAAAAUGCCACCUCUUCUAGACUACAGGAGCCGGCUAUCCCUGAAGUUCCUUCCAAGGUUGUUGAGAUUGAGUUGGAUAACACUUUACCAUAA